AUGAAUUAGUUUGAGAGUAAUUAAAUUGGAAGCAGCUCUGAUUCACCUAGUAACAAAUAAAAAGAACAAAAAAUUAUAAUGAUUUUGAGCUUCUUAACUUUUAAAAAUAUAGUAUUUCCUAAGAUAUUAAAUCAUUUAUUCUUUUCUGAAUAGAAAGGAAUAAUCAAAAUAAGAAAAACAGAUUAAUUAUUAAAAUUAUUGACAAAAACUUAUAAUAUUGAUUUAAUUGAAAAGUUUUCAAUAGAUGUACCUGAAUAUACAGAAAUAGAACUGAUAGUUAAAAUUUUAUAAUUAUGUUUAGAGAAUAUUGCUUCAUUAACAGAUGAAAUUAUAAAUAGUAAGGCAUUCUUUAGUUUUUAUUAUAAAUUAUACGAUUAUUAGAAAAAGAAAUAGAAUAAUAAUAUAAUAUUGGAAUAUGUAUAAUAAAUAAUAUAAUAAACUCCAAAUAUAUAGAUAAUUACUGAAGAUUUUAAGUAUUUCAUUUAAUUUAAAGCAUAAAUGAUUUCAAUAAUACAAUCUUUAAAGUUAAGAAUUCCUUUGACUUCAUUACUUUUAUGUACAAGAUUUUAUAUGAAUAGAAACACUUAAUAAUUCUUUAUUGAAUUCUUAAUAACUAAUGAGGUGUAUAAAUAAAUUUAUAAUAAAAGAUAACUCUCAAAUUUUAAUUAUUUAAUGAAUAUAGAUUAAUUGAUUAAUUAAAAUACUUUAAGUUUAUCUGAUAUGAACUAUUAUAUAGAUAAAUUUUUCCCAAGAUAUGAGGAUGAAUUGAUUGAAACAAAUUUUAAUAUUUUUUCUAAGAAUCUAGAUUUAAUUUUAGAAUAAAAGAAGUAUAUGAUAAUAGAUCUUUAGUAGUUGAUUGAAUCUAAGAAAUUUAAGGAACUUUAUAAUGAACUUUAAAAAUAUCGUCAUUAAGUUGAUUAAGCAGAUAUAUUUUAUUAAGGUUUAAGUUAAAUAAUUUAAUAUUGUUAAACUAGUGAAAAAUCAAUAAUGGAUUUUAGUCCAGUUAAUAUUCCAUCUUUCAUAAAAAAGAAUUUCUUUAGAACUCAUGAAAAAAGAGAACUUAUUUAAUAAUAAUAAAUUGAAUCUCUUUUAAUAUUUAAUAAGAUUUUGACUGAAAUGAUUAGAUUUAGAUUUCCAUUUCCAAUUAUUAUUUCAUAUUUAGAUUUGAAUAAUUCAAAUAUAUUAAUCAAUAUUUCAAAAGAAUUAAUUAUAUAAUGUUAGUAAGAUAAAGUGUUUAAUUUAUUUCUUGCUUUAGUUCAUUAUAAUUUUUAAACUUUAGCAAAAUCUCAAACUUAUUCCAAAGCAUUUUACCAUUCUUAAUUAGAAAAAUAAGAAAUGUAAUAAGAAGAAAUCAUUUUUUAAAUGUUAGAAAUAAUAUUGGAAUUUAAAUACUUAAUAAAAAAUGAUUUAGAAAAGAUUUUAAAUGAAGAAGACACAAAAUGUAAAAUUAAUAAUUUUAUUAAAUAUUUAAAAAAUAAGAAUAUAGAUUAAAAUAAAUUUGAAUAAAAGAUAAUAUACAUAUUAUCAGAGUUAAUACAGUUUGAUGAAGCAAAAGUUGUUGAUAUGAACAAUUAUAUAUAACUUAAGAAUUAAUUAUAGAAAACAAUAUCAGAAAUAGAAUAUAAAACUACUAAAUAACCAUAUUAAGAAAGAAGAUUAGGUAAACCUCCAGGAUUUUAUCAGUAUUAAUAAUAUAUAUAGAAAAGAAUAAGAUCAAAUACAUAAUAAUAAAAAUAAAUUAAAUAACCAAAGGAUUAAUAUUAAAUUUAAAAGCAUAAGAAAAUAAAUAAAUUGAUUUCUGAAUAAAAGUUAAUGGAAGAAUUAGAGAGUAUUUUAGUUUGA